AUGGCCAAAGAUCGUGGCUAUCGAAGCCGUGCUUACUUCAAGCUGGCUGAGCUGAAUAAGCGCUUUAACUUUAUCGAGAAGAGUCGCAUAGCUGUGGAUUUAGGUGCAGCUCCUGGGUCUUGGUUACAGAAUUUAUCGAGUAGUAUGCCUCAUGGUUCUCUUAUCAUUGGUGUUGAUUUGGUUCCUAUUGUUCCUAUUCCACGUGUUACUACCUUUGUUGCUGACUUAACAACUCAACAUUGCAAGCAACUCAUUACCAAUGAAAUGAAGGGAAACCUCGCUGACUUGGUUGUCCACGACGGUGCUCCUAACGUUGGUGCUGCUUGGUUACAGGACGCUUUCGCUCAAAAUGAGCUUGUACUCGCUAGUUUGAAGAUUGCUGCUGAAAUUCUUGAAAAGGGCGGUACUUUCGUCACAAAAGUGUUCAGAUCAAAGGAUUACAAUAACCUCAUGUGGGUUUUCAAUCAACUCUUCAAAAACGUGAACGCAACAAAGCCAAACAGCUCUAGAUUGGUUUCUGCUGAGUUAUUCGUCGUUUGUCAAGAUUUUAUUGCUCCUCAAAAGCUCGAUCCUCGCUUCUUAGAUCCUAAAUACGUUUUCAAAGAUAUCGCUGCACUUGCUUCCGAUUCUGGUAAAGGUUCUGCUGCUGCAAACGCUCACGCCAAUGUCUUUAUGCCUGAGAAGAAGACAAGAAAGAGGGAAGGUUAUGAGGAAGGCAAUUACCUUCAAUUCAAAGCAAUCAGUGCAACUGAUUUCAUCGAAAGCACUGAACCUGUCACAAUACUUGGUACUCACAACGCAAUAACCUUCAAAUCAAAGGAAGAUAAGAAGUUGUUGAAAAAUGAAGACACCACCGAUGACAUUAAAGCUAAUUGCGAAGAUCUCAAAGUGUUAGGAAAGAAAGAAUUUAAACAACUAAUGAAAUGGAGACUAAUUAUACGCGAAGAGAUGGGUCUCGAAGUUAGAAAGAAAGACAUUAAAGAAGACGUUGACGAUGCAGGUCAGUCAAAGGUUGAAGAGCAUCCAAUGAAUCAAGAUGAGCAAAUAGCUGAGGAGAUUGAGCGUAUAGAAAACGAAGACUCAGCCCGUGCUAGAAAAGAACGUAGAAGACGCAAUGAGAAGCGUGCAAGGGAAGUUCAACGUAUGCAGCUUAAGAUGGGUGCACCACUUGAUAUCGGUUUGGAACAAGAUGAACAGCUCCAAGAUGAUGUCUACCUCCCAGGCAACAAAUCUAAACAGGACAUGUUUGAUUUGAAGCACUCUCAAAAACACAUUAAAGGACGCAAUCUCGAUGAAAUGGAUGAGGAUGAUGCAUCUUCUGAAGAAGAAAUCGAAGCUCCAAAAUUCGAAGAUGCUUAUGAAGAUGAGGAAGACAAGGUCGUUCGUCUUGAAUCUCAAAUGGAUGGUAUGUAUGAAAAGUACCAAGAAAAACUGCAAGACAGAGACCGUAAGCAUCAAGUAAAGGAGGCACGUCGGAAAGAUAAGAAUAGAGAGGCUUGGGGUGGUAUUCCUCGUCGUGGCGAUGACGAUGAUGAGGAUGAUGAUGAUGAAGAGAAUGAAGAAGAGGAAGAAGAGGAGUCUGAAGGAGAACACGGCUACGAUGCUAAAGAAAAACGUAGCAUGCAGCUUGACCAAGACUCGUCCGAUGAAGAGGAGGAAAAUGCCGGAAAGUCUAAGAAGUCAACAAAAAAACCGAAGAAAGCAGACAAUGCUCAAGAUGAAGCCGCUGCUAGUGUUUGGUUCGGUAAUCCACUCUUCAAUGGUGCUGAUGGUAUUGACGAAGAAAGCGAGGAGGAAGAAGACGACAAGCAAUCUGAGGAUGAGUCAAUGGAGGAAGACGAGAAACCCCAACAAGACAAAGAAGAGGACGAAGAAUCUGACGGAUUUGAAGUAGUACCUCAAGAAGACGACGGUCAAAUGUGGGAUGUCGACGAUGAGGAUCAAGAUGCAGUUCGUCAAAAGCGUAUCGAAGACACUGGAUUAAUUACUGAAGAGGCUAUGUCGAUGGCUUACCGUUUGAAGAAUGGUAUGACCACCAAGCAGCAGCUUAUAGAUGAUGGUUUCAACAAAAACGCCACUAACGAUAGAGAGAAUCUGCCUGAUUGGUUCACCUCGGACGAGCGUAAGAACUACAAGGUCCACGUACCGAUCACCAAGGAAGCAGUCGACGCUUUGAAGGCUAGACAGAGAGCUAUUGACGCACGUCCAAUUAAGAAACUUGCUGAAGCGAAAGCCAAGAAGAAGUACAAGGCAACAAAGGCUGCUGAAAAGGCUGCGGCCAAGGCUGAGACUGUGAUGGAGAAUCAAGAGCUCACUGAAAAAGAGAAAGCUAUGGGUGUACAGAAGAUGAUCAACAAGACGAAAGCCAACGCUAACAAGAAGCGUGAAGUGAAGCUUGUUGUUGCUAAAGGUGCAGCUAAGGGUGUGAAGGGACGUCCAAAGGGAGUUAGUGGACGUUAUAGAAUGGUGGAUAGGCGUUUCAAGACAGAUAUUAGAGGUAUGCGCAAUGCUAAGAGGCGUGCAGUAAACAACAAGAAACGUCGUAAUGGUUAG